ACAGCUGUAUGUACGGGGAUACAAACGGGCCCCAUCUUGCGGCGGAGCCGGUUGUGUUGGUGAAAUGGCCAGAAGUGAGCCUUGCGACGUGAGUCCAGACUCGUUGUGCAUCCACGGUAACUGGGACGGAAACCAAUGCCAGUGCGAUCCAGGAUACACCGGGAAAUGCUGCAAUGAAGUGGUUUACUGCCCCCAAUUGGAGCAUCCGCGUAACGGGCAUGUGUCCAGUACAUCACGAGCUGAACACGGUGACACAGUCACCUACACAUGUGAUCCAGGCUACCAGUUAAGUACAGGCUCUGCCGCAGAAGUACAACGCGAGUGCACUUCCGGAACGUGGACAGGACGUAUACCAUACUGUGAUCGAGUCUCGUGCCCUCCAUUGGACGCUAUAGAAAACGGCUACACGUAUGGAGGCACAUCAUUCGGGGACGAACAGUUAUUUUCCUGUUUCCCAGGGUACCAACUGAGUUUGGACCGCUCAGACGACAUGUACAGAGCGUACAUCUAUAAUGUUUCUGGGGAAAACGUAACUUCCAUGAUGGAAGAAUUUUCUGCAACUUUGACAAACAACACAAUCGAACCGACUUCACCCACCGGUAACGUUAACGUAACAGGCAUGACCGAAAUUUGUGAAAUUUUACAAAACAACACAGUCGAAAUAUGUACACCGACCGGCAUCUCAACUGUCCCGAACGAAAUGAUUUCACCGACUGCAAAUCCAACAACAACAACAACAACAACUACAACAGCAACAACAGCAACAACGACAACAGUCCCUCCCCCACCAACCUCAGUUGCUCUCAAAUGCCAGGCAGACACAACGUGGGACAAGAGUGCGCCUUCCUGCAGAGCCCGCCAGUGCCCUGCACUUGCCCCACCGAAGAACUGUACAGUGACAGGCGGGAACGACUACCUCGACACUAUGACGUUCAUCUGUGAUCCUGGGUAUAUAAUCAGAGGCAGCGAAACACGCACCUGCAUGGCAGACGGAAGUUGGACAGGGGGUUCAUCUGACUGUGUUCUGAAACGGUGUGCGUGUCUGGAGGCCCCACGUUUUGGCGGUAUUACUGGGAUAGUCGGCUGUUACGUGGGCGAGACGGCAAUGUUCACCUGUGAACCUGGGUACGUACUGGAGGGCAACGCCACCAGGUCAUGUCAGAUCACACAACAGUGGACGGGAUCGCAGCCCUUCUGCGUCAAGGCAACAUGUCCUCCACUGAACACUCCUACCAACGGCAUGAAGUUUGGGGGAAAUGAGUACCAGGAUCAGGUCACUUUUAUUUGCAUCACUGGGUACGAGAUUGUAGGCACCAGUACCUUGACCUGUCAGGCCAGUCAGACAUGGAGUAGCACAGAACCAGUGUGUGUCCGUUCACAGUGCCCGGUACUACAAAUCCCGGCCAACGGAGACAUGACGGGAGGGAAUGGAUAUGGAGAUACCGUGUCAUUCAUGUGCGAGAUAGGUUAUCGGCUGGAAGGAAGUGGCACAAGAACGUGUAUGGCGAGCAAGACUUGGAGUGGAAUAGAGACCUCAUGUGUCUUGAAAACCUGCCCGUCGGUUGACGCACCUGAUCGUGGAUCAGUCAGCGGAGGAAACAGUUACAGUGACGUGGUGACUUACUCGUGUGAGACCGGGUACGACAUGCUAGGCACGCCAACAAGAACAUGCCAGGACAGCCAACAAUGGAGCGGCAACCAGCCUUACUGCUUAAAAGUCCGAUGCAACACACUGAACCCACCAACGUCCGGUGGUGUUGUGGGUGGUAGCGAGUACGGAGACACUGUGCAGUUCAACUGUUGGGAGGGCCACACCCUGACGGGCAGCAGUAACAGGACAUGUCAGGCAGACGGCCUGUGGAGUGGACAACCGCCUUCGUGUGUAGAGAAUGAAUGCCCGGAGUUGGAUUCUCCUCCGAAUGGAUACAAAACUGGAGGAAACAGCUAUGGCGACAUCGUCAUCUUCUUCUGUAACGAUGGUUACGAGAUGGCUGGACCACAGCCAGUCGUCAUAAGAACCUGUGAGGCCGACAAAACCUGGUCCGGAACACCGGCCACAUGCACACGACGUGCUUGUCCACCUUUGUCAGCCCCUGUGAAUGGAAAUAUAACCGGGAACAACCUCUACGGCGAAGUGGUCACUAUCACCUGUAACCCUGGUUACGAACUGAGAGGCAGCACGACAAGAGGCUGUCAGGCUAAUCAACAGUGGAACGGAACAAGCGCGACAUGUGAAAGAGUCCAGUGUCCUUCCCUGAGUGCCAUAUCAGACGGACAGAUGAGUGGAAACAACCUUUUCGGCGACCGUAUAACGUUCGUCUGUAACACUGGGUACGAGCUGAGUGGGAGUCCGUCACGGACCUGUACUGCUGAUGGGAACUGGACAGGAACACAGACGGCCUGUGACAGAAAGAAGUGCCCUGACUUGUCCCAUCCCCUGAACGGCAACGUAACUGGUGGUUCGUUCUAUGGAGACACAGCUGUCUAUACAUGCAGACAGGGGUACGAUGUGUCGGACGGCACGGCCAGAACUUGUCAGGCAGACCAGCGGUGGAGUGGCACGGAGCCCACAUGCCAGAAAAUUAAGUGCGCAAUACUCGACCCCCCGCCCAACGGUGGUAUCAAUGGCACCAACUACUACGGUGACACGGUGGUGCUUGACUGUGACGUCGGAUAUGAACUGGUCGGUAGUCAACAGCGUACUUGCCAGAUCAGCCAGCAAUGGUCAGGGGUACAGCCAUAUUGUGAACGAAAGCAAUGUCCACAGCUAACAGUCCCCGCCAAUGGAGGAGCUAAUGGUGGGAUCUACUAUGGCGAUACGGCAUCGUAUUCGUGCGACCCUGGGUACGAGCUCUUCGGCAGCUCAAUAAGGACGUGCCAGGCGGACGGACAAUGGGCAGGCAUGCAGCCAACAUGUACCAAAAAGCAGUGCCUAAUCCUGCAGGCUCCAGCAAAUGGAAGCGUUAGUGGUGGACACUUUUACGGUGACCAAGUGCACUACUCUUGCGACCCUGGUUUCGACCUUGUGGGAGUACCAAUCAGAAUUUGUGAGGACAGCCAACUCUGGAGUGGUAUACAACCAAGUUGCAUCAAAAAGCGGUGUAGUGUACUGACACCUCCCGCGCAUGGCUCUCUUACUGGUACUCUGGCCUUCGCCUUCGGAGACGUAGCGACGUUCACCUGUGAUCCUGGGUACGAGAUCCAGGGCAGCGUGGCCAGGGUGUGUGAAGCGACCGGCCAGUGGAGUGGAAUCCCGGCACAGUGUCAAAAGAAAUGCUGCGAUCGCCCUGUUAUUCAGUACGGUGACUACACAGGAACGCACUGUUACAGCGACACAGUAACCUUUAAAUGUGAUGAUGGUUACCGUCUGCUUGGACUUGGCAGUCUGACGUGCACAGAAUCAGCACAGUGGAGUGGCUCUCUUCCAAGAUGCGAGAGAGUCUGCUGUGACAGUUCAAUCAGUAUCCCUGAUGGUUCUGUUAGUUUCCAGCCCGACAACUGUUACAAUAGUCUUGCUGCCUUCAGCUGUACACAGGGCUUCUAUCUUGAAGGACCUGACUACAUCGCCUGCAAUAUUAGCGGUUUAUGGCAUGAACAAGUCCCAUCUUGUAAAGUAACGUGUUGUGGAGUCCCCGGUACAAUUCGCGAUGGGGUGUUUAACGCCACAGCGCUAUGUUACGGUGACGUGGCUACAUACGCUUGUAAUCCUGGCUUCCUCCUGAAGGGCAACGCCUCUGUUGUGUGUGGUGACUUCGGGUUCUGGGGGAAAGCACCAUAUUGUGAACCAAACAGUUUGUGUGACCGAACUACCCUAGCCGUGCCGUCAGCUGGCUCCAAGAUCUGCUUUGAAAGUCCCCAGGGUACGACUCCUGUAGAAUACUGUCAGAUGCACUGUAACGCCCCCAAGGUAUACAACAGAAACGAUGACAUGUACGAGUGUAGCGUUGAAACAAACUGGCUGUGGAUGAUCAGAAUCUACCACGGCGGCGGACAGCAAGUACUCUCCAAUGUUGACGUCGGAGAAUGUUCAGCUCCUUUGGAUCCAUUUGCUGCAAUUACUUUUGGAGGCCUGGUCAUCACGGCUAAUGCAGGGCACGACAUGGCUGCUAUCGAAACAGAGAUGAAGGACCUCCUGCUAGCCACCGGACUCUGCACAAAUCCAUGUGAAAUAGGCGAAAUAAGCGUGGAAGUGUCACCUACUGCAAGGGUGGGACCUCGGAGCACCAUUGCCUACUACCAGGUUUCCGUCCAGCUUCUUGCCUAUGCCGACCCGAACCUAGUGACCCCCACCAACACAAUUCAGAUGGAAUGGGUGCGUCUGGCAGGUGAACUUAGACAAGUUGCCAUGAACCUUGAGACUAUGGUGGUUUCACAAACCUUGGACUUCCCCAUAGCUGGAAGCAAUAUGCAUCUGUCCGUCGCGGACGGUGGUUUGCAGAUUUCAUCACCCAGCCUUGGAUGCAUGAAUGGUGAAAUCAAGGAAGGCGUCCAAUGCGUUCCAUGUGCUCCUGGUACCUACCAUGACGUGUUUGAGCAGAUUUGCCGCCCAUGCUUCCACGCCACGUAUCAGGACGAAUUCGGACAGACAGAAUGCAAGUCUUGUCCGAAUGGUACAACGACAGCGAAGGCUGGGGCGAAGAACAUAACUGAAUGCAAAGUGUUUGAUGAUUGUGACUGUGGCAUCCACCCUUGUGACCUAACCCCUGCUGGCUAUAUCUGCAGCUGCUUGCCUGGUUAUGAGGUUAGCUCGGAGGAAGAGAGGUGUAUUGACAUUGACGAGUGCCAGCAGCCAGACGUCUGUCCCGGUGCCAGGUGUGUCAACAGACCUGGAACCUACUCCUGUCAGUGUCUGGAUGGGUACGAGGAGCCCAACUGUAUUGACAUCAAUGAGUGCCGCUACGUUGGGUUCUGUCCCGAGACUUCAGACUGUACCAACACGGAAGGCAGCUACUACUGCACGUGCCAUCCUGGUUUUCAGGGGGACGACUGUCUCGACGUCAACGAAUGUCAGAAUGCUACUUUGAACACCUGCGGGCCGGACCAGCACUGUAUCAACACAAAGGGGUCUUAUAGAUGCUUGGACUGUCCUAGGUUCCAACAGAAUUGUUACAGCCUGGGCCUCAACACCGCCACCUUUUCUGACGCUGAACAGACUUGCAGAGAAUACGGUGGCAUCCUAGCAACUGUAAAGAAUAGGGAUACCCAGCUCUUUAUCAUGCAGCUUGUAGGCGACAAAGACACCUGGAUUGGACUGGACGACCGCCUGAUUGAAGGACAGUUUAUGUGGAGUGACGGCACUCCAUUUGGGUCGGAAUACAGCUACUGGGCACCAGGUGAGCCCAAUGAUGCAUCGACAACCUCUUCCCAGGACUGUGUGCAUCUGUGGCCGCUGGCGUCGUUCCGCUGGGACGACCAACCGUGUGACAGGAUGGAGUACUUUGUCUGCCAGUUCAGUGUAAUGGCCGAUCCCAUCGGUAGUUGAGGCAUUCUAGGCCAAGGGAAUAACAACAUCCCCAGUAAUAAUCAUGAUCAUCAGCAUGGUCAUCGGGCCUAGCAAUAACUCGACGAAAGCCGUCCGUUAGUAAGACAGACGGUGACGGCAUUGUGCCGGAAAUGGUAUACUUUGUAUGUAAUCCAGGCUUAACAGCAAAGUGUCAUUUGGUUUUGAUUUGAUUCGAUUAUUUUUUAGCUUUCGGAUAAUUGUAGACAGUAAUAGCAGAAAGACUUGCUCGUAAUAAUACUUACUCCACUGACAAUCAUUAGGAUGCAAUGUACGCCUUUUGCAAGCCCCUGCCAUACACUGUCAUUGUCGAUAGUUUGCUGUGGAAAUUUGUCAUAAAAAUGGGAUUUUAGAUUACCAUUUUUAAUCGUUUGACCCAAUGACAUAUACGGAUCAGUUCACCUAAUAACUUGAAGGGUCUGUCUUAUGAAGCAAAAUGUGGAAAGGUUACAGCGCACGUCGUCUAAAUCUGCUGGAGAAGAAUCGCUUAAUUCAAAGUGUAAUUAGCAGUAUGGCAGAUACACAACUUUUUUUGCUAUCCUGGCGAUAGAAUUUGAAAUCAAUUCAUACUACAAUUUACAAACACACUCUCAAUGAUAUCAACCUUUUCACUUUACUAGUUGUCAAGAAAACAAGACAAAUGGGUCAGACUUACAUUGCAAGUGGUAUUUU